GCUAGGUGGGGGCACAGGGGUGAUCCCUUCCCCCACCAGCACGGCCUCACAGAAGGACCUGGACAAGAGCUGGGAGGAGAAGAAGCACCCAGAGAACAAGAUGGAGCAACCAAAGCGCAGCCCUGAGGAGGAGGACAAUGUGAAGGGUAACAAUGAUGAGGAGAAUGGUGACUCUGAGGAGGAAAAGGAUGAGGAUGAAAAUGACCAGGAUGAGGAAGAGGAGAAGGAGGAGGAAGCCAUGGCAGCCCCCUUUGUGCCCCCUGAACAGCUGAAUCAGUGCCCUGAGUGUGGCCAGAGCUUCCCCCCUGGCUCAGAGCCGGUGAAGCACCACUGCCCUGACCUUGGCGCCCUGCCCUUCAUCUGUGGUGACUGCGGCAAGAGCUUCAAAUCCAUUUCCACCCUCAGCAGCCACUGCCGCAUCCACACCAGUGCCAAACCUUAUAGCUGUGGCAGGAGCUUCAGCAACAAGAGCUCCCUUAUCAGCCACCGGUGCAGCCACGCUGGCAAGAAGGCCUUCCCCUGCCCCGACUGCAGCAAGAGCUUUGGCCACAACUCUGGCCUCACCCGACACCGCCAUAGCCACGCGGGUGAGAAGGCCUUCACCUGCGCCGACUGCGGCAAGAGCUUCAGCCGCAGCGACACUCUCAAGAACCACCGCCGCAUCCACACCGGAGAGAAUCUGUUCCCCUGUGCUGAGUGUGGCAAGAGCUUCACCCUGAGCACUACAUUCAUCCAGCACCAACUCAUCCACAGUGGUGAAAAGCCCUACGGCUGCGCCAUCUGCGGCAAGAGCUUCAGGCAGAUGUCUUCCCUCAGUGCACACCGUCGCACUCACGCCGCUGACUGGCCCAAACUGCGGGGGAAGCACAAAUAG